GUUUGUUACAUGGCUAUCUGCAUACUGGUCUUGUUUACCGAACAUGUUUGUUUGUUUGAUCUUCUGCCCUUUUCAACUGAAUUUCUAGGCAGUUUCUUGAUAGUUUUCUCUUCUUUUUGAAAACUUUCCCAAUCAUAAGAAGGAAUUAGUCAUCUUGCCGGCUAAGCGUGACAGCUUAACCUCUAGCUGUAUUUAAAACUUAUAAAUAGACAAUUUUGUCUUGGUGGUUUUCUUGACACAAGUGAUGAAAGUGACAUAUUAAGCUUAUGGACUAGGCCGUCUUAUUUAUUAUAUGCCUCAACGUGCCCGCAACUCUUAUUUGCAUGUAAGUGAUGUAACUGUGCGACACUCCCACCACUAUGGUUUCUUGGUAUCAUUGAAUCUCAUAAAAUGUCUUCCUAUUUUUAACAAUAUGGCAAUUAUCUGUAAACAAAGCGAUCCCGAUAUGGAAACUAGUACACCCAUGACCCCCAACUCCAAAGCACGUCGUCCCCAAUCUGCUGGUAUUCCUCGCUCACCACGCUUGAGUCGUAGCAGUAGUGGUGCAUCAACUGCUUCCCCUUCAGAGUCUCAUGGGACAUCCCCAUAUCGUUCCACAAACCGGGUUUCAUCUGUUUCUCUUCCUGAGGUCCGUGCCUCAAGGUCUGCCACCUCAUCCCCUAGACAAUCAGUUCAUCGGUCAAGGUCAAUAAUCAAGACUAGAAGCGCCACUAAAGAGGAGAAAGACGAGGAAAGCUACAACAAUAUUCCUAUAUCCAAAGUCAUAGGCAGUCCACGAAGGAGACUAAGCUUGGAUAGCAAGGAUUCAAAGGAAGAUCACAACAAUGCAAACCAGAGUAAUUUGGCUAGGCUAUUUAGGUCGAAUUCUCAUAACACGAUAUCGAAGGCAGUAGGAAGGUCCUUGAUCAAAUCUCCCUCUGCAUGGGCCCUGUCUCCAGGCCGGCCAUUGUCCGCCCCGCCCUUGGCACCAGAGUCACCUAAGGUGAAAACUGUAAGUGGGGUUCUGAAGUACUUCAAUAAGCAGAAGAAGGUAUCAUCAGCUCAAGAGGAAGAAUUUCACCAAUACAAGAUUAUGCAUAGUAGGCUGCUUCAAUGGAGAUUUGCCAACGCUAAGGCUGAGGCUGCUAUGGCAACCGUUAGGCGAAAAGCAGAGGAGAGAGUGUUUGGUGUAUGGUUGAAACUAUACAAAAUGAGAUAUGCAAUUGCUGAAAAGAGGAUGAAAGUGGAAAGACUAAAGCAAAAAGUAAAGUUUCUUGAAAUAUUAUGCCCACAACUUGAGCUUCUCAAUGAGUGGGAAAAACUGGAGAAAAAAAAUUGUGAAGCUGUUGGUAGAGUUACCAGGAAGCUCUCUGCUUACUCUACUAAACUUCCAUUAGUUGAUGGUGCAACGGCUGAUAUAGUUUCUGUAUAUGAUGCCAUGAAAUUAGCUUUGGAAGUUAUAGAAAAUAUUGAAGACACCAUCAUAGACCUUCAAAAUCAGAGUGAAAAGGCAAGCAAUAUGUUAAGGGAGCUUGUGUAUACUGUCAAUCAAAACGUGGAAUGCUUUCAAGAUUUGGAGAAGGAAAUUGCAUCAGUUAUGUCACUAGAGGCUCAUGAAAAAAGCUUGGUGGUACAUCUCUUACAAGAAAACAAGGAGCCAGAGGAAAGCCAGAGGAAUUGUAAACAGCACCUUAUGAGAUCCUUCAAAAACAAGGAGACAGCUUUAAUUUUUUCCAUGUUAAAUGUCUCUUAAUUUAUUGUUAUAGAUCAAUUGAUUAUAUUGUUCUUGCAUGCUAUAUCUAUAUCUACAAUAGCCCCCAAAAGUGGUGAGGCUAAAAUUUUUGUAUGAUGACAGGUCUUUCAAAGGCCAAUUUUUGAAAGAAUUAUAUCAAAAUUCUAUAUAUACAUACAGGAUUGAGCUAGUGCAUAAUAUGAGCCGGCUCAUUAACUUCUUUUAUAGUAGAAGAAAUGUUCUUAUACUCCAAGUACUUAUAGGAAUACUCGAGUCUUGCUACGUUUAUAAGCAAGCUGAACACCAAAGCCUAUCCAAGAGCCAGCAUCCGAGCACUGCACCAUCGAGGUUCAGAUUCAGUGCUCGGCCUGGUGGGGGAUGAUGGAUUGACAUCCACAGCUAGAAAUCUAGAGUGUACUUAUCAUCUUCUAGAAAAUUAGAGAUACUGUAUGCACUUGAUAAUUCUCAAACCGAAAGGAAAUGCCCUUUUUAAGCUAACUUCAUAAUUUCUUUUGACUAAUUCUAGCUACAAUAGUAAUGAAUGGAUUUAUAUUUGCUUUUUGAAUAAAUCUGCAAUAUAAUUAUCACCUCUAAAAAAGCACAAGUUGGCCACAUCAAACAAUACUUUGUUAUAAUUAGUACUAGAACAAAAUCAUUGCCUCAAAUUUCCAUCAAAAAUCACUUCAUAAAAACUAUUUCUAUACCUCCCCCCACAAUUUGAAUCAGAAAUUGAAAAAAAAAAAAAA